AUAAGGAGUGACUCCUGGACUGAGCGUGCGUACCAAAAGCAGCCGACCAUCUUUCAAAAUAAGAAGAGGGUUCUGCUUGGAGAAACUGGCAAGGAGAAGCUCCCGCGAUACUACAAGAACAUUGGUUUGGGCUUCAAGACACCGAAGGAGGCCAUCGAGGGCACCUACAUUGACAAGAAAUGCCCUUUUACUGGUAAUGUCUCCAUCCGAGGGCGAAUCCUGUCUGGUGUGGUGACCAAAAUGAAGAUGCAGAGGACCACUGUCAUCCGCCGAGACUACCUGCACUACAUCCGGAAGUACAACCGCUUCGAGAAGCGCCACAAGAACAUGUCUGUGCACCUUUCCCCCUGCUUCAGGGACGUCCAGAUUGGUGACAUUGUCACAGUGGGCGAGUGCCGGCCCCUGAGCAAGACGGUGCGCUUCAACGUGCUCAAGGUCACCAAGGCUGCCGGCACCAAGAAGCAGUUCCAGAAGUUCUGAGACCAGACCCCUGCCCACUGCCCCAAACAAAAUAAAAGUUAUUUUCCCAAAAAAAAAAAAACAAA